AUGCGGAAGUUGAAGAACAAACUCCUGGAUGGCUCCAAAUGCCAAGAGCUCUCCUACAGAAACCUAGUCAGAAGGUUCCUGCGUUUGGACGCCGAUUCAGACCUCCUUGAACACGCUCGUGACAAUGAUCUGUUGGAAUUCGACGAGGCGAGAUUGAUCUGGAGGCUUUCUCAAGACGAGAUGGAGAAGGAUUGGAGGCUCUUCUUGCAAAGUCAAGGGCAGAAACUGGCUCCCUGGCGUCUUGACGACGCCUUUUGGAACUUCGACCAGGAAAUGAAUCGGCAAACUCUUCACGAAGACAUCAGUCUUGCAGUGGAGCAGUUUUCGAAGCAGCAAGACCACCAGCGCUGGCAAGAGUGCUGCCGGCAGAUCAAUCGAUGUGAUAGGUGUCGACGGGACUUCUAUCGCGUCUUGGAAGCUGAAACGCACAAAGACGCAUUCAGAGAGGUCCAAUGGCAUUUUUGGCACGGCGCCAGCAUGCUCAAGGUUUCAGAGAUUUACUAUACACACGACACCAUCAACAGUCGUUUUAAGGAUCAUCGAUGGACGCUAGAAGAUACAGUUCAUCAGCUCCAGACGCACCAAGUGCGCGUUCAGGACAUUCCAGCCCUUCAAGUGAUGUACUACCAUGGGCGGUAUUUCUCGAUCGACAACCGCAGAUUGUGGUGCUUCAAGAAAUUCGCCGAGUGGAGCGGCGCGGAGCUCUGGAUCCCGGUGCAGGUCCACUGCAUCGCGGGUCCUGGAAAGAUCUUGCAGAGUGGGCCAAAGCAUCGUAACUUUUUAAUGAAGUUCUUCGAUGCAUUCUCCACAAGGUGCAAUGGGGAGUAUGUCGAGUUUUUCUCUCGACGCCGAACCUGA